UCUCACACACACAUACAUAUAUCCCUCGCGUUGCUAGAGUCCGCAUCAUUCGACACAGGAAGCCGACACUCGUCAGUCCGUCUAUCGGUUUUCCAACGACGCUACAUCACGAACUGUCACAAAGCUAUGUAAGUUAAGAUUUAUUUAUUUUCGGGAUCAAGGUUACUUUUGAGGCUACUUCACUUCGAAAUGGUUUCGUAUUGUGUUUCGAGAGCACAUUACAACUUAAUUUUGUUUUGAUUACACUCUACACCACUCAGGCUUUCUGUCAAGAUUUGAAGCUGUUGUUUUUAAGAAAUCGAGUUGUUUUGCUUACAAAAAACAACUGUUUUUAUCACUAAAAAUGACUUGCAACAAAUAUAUUGAAUACCAAAAUGAUGCAAAUAACUGGAGUACGACAAAUAAUCUUUCUGUUCCUGGCUCGUUUUCUCAUAAACGAAGUCACUUAGACAGGGAUGCUACGACUUCCGUUCGGCUCACCUCUUCAACUCGCACUUCCGGGUUCAGGUAAAAGAGUGGAGUUGCCGAAACUGUUUUUCCUCGGCUCCAAAACGAGUGGCGCGGUAAAUCCUGUGAGUUUCUUCAGACACGUGACAAGCAUGCAAAUGGACGCUAAUGUAGGGAACCAGUCAACCAAGACUUUUAUUGUUCAUUUCACAAACUCGUUCCUCACAAAAUAUUCUGCGUACAACAACGAAUUCCGUGUGUAAUAAUGGAAUAUAUAUUCUAAUGCUCGUGUUGCUUGGAAUUCUAAUAAAGACUUACCUUUAAAUCAACACAUUUGCCGGAUUUUUUCACACUACCCUAAUUUGUGUACUGAUGGCAGAUAUUUUAGCCGGCACGCGUCCUGUUUAUUCAGCUUAAAAGCUACCUGCUUUUUGCAAAUAAUAACGUAAAGAGCAGUACGUUAAUAAAUGAAGAGUCAUGAUUGGAAUUCAAAACCGUUCAUAUAUUUUCACAGUAUGGUUUACCAUUCCAGUACACAGUAAAAUAAAAAAGAAGAAAUAUUUCAGCGCAGUGUGUUGGUAGGUAAAAUUUUACGAAACUCAUUCGCUGUUUUACGAAAGCGGUAAUAACUCGGUAUCGGCUAUUCGGUUCCACGAACUAUGAUUGCGAAUUUUACUCACAAAUACGAGUACCUACCUACUCUUUAUCGGUUUGUUGCCAUUCUCUCUUUGUUUAUCGUUGUUCCCGGCUUUAUUACUUGACUUUCGAGACUCCGCGCUAACAAGCAUCGCACUUGAAAAUAUUUUCCAUUAUGCAGGACCCGCGGCCGGUUUCGAAUUAACUUUUAUACUAUUCACACUGAAGCGAGAUGAUUGUGUGAGUACUCACGGAAUUUCCGUCUUCAUGGGACAGUGUUUGCAUGGCUGAGUCCACGAUUGGAAUUUUAAAUUACUUAAAAUAUUACCAAGGCAAAGCGCUCUAGGAAUGAAUUUAUUAAAGUAUCUGUUCGAUACAAUUCCAUGUAACAUAUUCACUGAUUGUUCUCCACGUUGCUUCGUACUCUUACUUGCCUAAAAAUGAGGUGCCAGCGUAUUCUUAUGGGAGUAGGAACUCCAUGCACAAGUACCACGCGACUCUUAUCGACAUACCAUUCCACGUGUUGAUAGUGUAUAACAAUUUGUACUGUUCUGGGGCCCUUUUGAGGAGUAAGAUAGUGGUGACGGCUGCCAGCUGCCUCCUCAGUGAUAAGAUAAGGAGGCCCGUUGUGAAGGUCGGGGCUGACAGUAUUACGGGUACCGGACAAAUAAUUCCAGUCGUUGAGAUAAAAAUACACGAAUAUUACAAAUAUUUGAACAGAAUAGAUAAUGACAUAGCUCUGUUAGUGCUGAAGGAAGACGUGGAAUUCAAUGAUUUUGUGAAGAAAGCGAUUAUUGUAGAGCCAGAAGUGGCGCUGCGGCCCGGUACCGCCAUCGACAUCUCCGGCUGGGGAAGUACGAAUUUACCCCAAGGUUACGCGAACCAGUUAAUAUGGACGGAAAUGAUAGUCAUCGAUAAAACAGAAUGUGCUAAGUACUACAAGAAUCUAUUGAGUCCGUCGAAUUUCUGCGCAAAAUACUUACCGGAGCGUCGUUUGAGUGACAGCGGCGGCCCGGCUGUGUAUAACAGAGAACUGCUCGUUGGCAUCCUAUCCUUCGGAGGAAUAAGUAGCGAGGAACCCUUCGUCGCUAUAUUAACUAAUAUGUCUUACUUCCACAGGUGGAUGCUACUUAAUACAAAAAGAUUUCAGGAGCAGUAUUGUGUGCCUCGUGCCGACAGUUCAUACUCUAUGCAAAGUAAUGAGGAGGCUUCUGAAUCUACGUGAUGACGAUAUAUGUGGAAUUAAGUAUUCAAGACAAGUAGGCAUUCAUAGGACAUGUCUUGGGGAUCUCAAAGUUGAACAGCAAUCGCCGAAGUUCUGCUAAACUUUUUUCUUGACCCAAUUUCUUAUAUACAAGGAUUGAGGGGUCAGAUAAAUGUGUUUAUUUUUUCGUAAAUAAGACCGCAAGUCCGCGCACAGACUUAAUGAUUUGACGGCCUUGAAUCGAAUCUGGAAAAUUCAUCUAAAAAUAAAAAUUAUGAUGAUGUGAAUUAACAAUUUAUUUUUAUCAUUAGGUCUUUAUAAAUGAGUUUUAGUAUAGUUAGUCUCCAUCAAAAUAUGAAGAAAUCUACUAUAUCAAAUAAGAGAAAAAGUCCUAAUGAUUUUUUAACACCUCCUUUCGUUGAUAAUGGAGAGGUUUCUUCGCUUUGUAUCUAUUUCGUCCACAAGCCACUACUAGCAAUAACCUGUAACUGAGUUUCCGAAUCGUAUUUUACAUCAUAAAUUCUCUUAAAAUAAAAGUCAUGUAUGAUCUGGUCUCGUGCUCUGCGAAUCAAUCAUAAAGAUACCUUUUUUUUUAAUAAUCCUUCCAUUAUUCUUGAUAACACACCAUUUUGAACGCCGAAGUAGUAUGAUAUAUAAUAUGCAAUCUGCUGCUCACCAUCGUGUUUUAUGUUGACAUCAUGUUCUUAUUUUUAUACCAACUGCCACGAACAACUGCACCACGAACAAAACCCAACGCAAAAAUAAAUUGUACUAUAUAGGGAUUUAAGUUAAGAGCUAUACCCCUAUAUGGUCAGGUAUGACACCAGUUCUUAACCAUCGUUUUCCGGACCCUUAUUUUGAAAUAAAACCUUAGAUUAAAUGUAUAUUUUCCUAACAGAAGCCAUAAACCUGAGCAAUGAAAUAGCUCUAUUAACUUGUUUUAAAAAGUUGUGCGCACUUGGGCU